GGUCCUUCGAUCGGCCUAUUGGGCAUCUUACUUGUUCGAGGCUUGCGGCACGGAUUUUUCCCUUGACAAUAACGCUGCUCCUUUGUGAACAGUAUACCAGCUAAGUAGGCCCGUGUGUCGACCUUAAAAAAAGAUGUCCAUGGCUCUGAGCCCCACGCAUGUGAACAUCACCACCGGGCCAAGCGUUCCUCCGCCAUCUCCAGGCCUGCGCUUUCACCUCAACGCGUCAUUUGUCACCAGCCUGAAUGGCUUGGUCACGGUAUCCGAAAUGAUACUGUCUAUCAUCGUCUACGCCUUGUCGGUGUCUUCGGCUGUAGGCCUUGCCUCUCUGAAUCUCCUGAUGUCACUUAGCUUCUGCUACUGGCUGCUGUGUUCUUUCAUCCUACUGUCGGAGAGCAUGUCCACGAAGCCUGUCCUGCCUACGACCACCUUUUUUCUCACAUUGCACACCCUCGGAUCUCUUCUGUACAUCUUCGCCUCGAUCGCCCACCUGGCCAUCUUCAACUCUUCCGCUACGAUGGCGGGACCGGCUUUGCUCAAGGCUGUUUUCAACGCCGACGCGGUGAACGCAGCUGGGGCCAUGGGACUCAUCGCGGGAGCUGCGCACCUCUUCCACGUUGCGUUAAUCGUCAAGAAAAUGAUUUCGUAGGGAGAAUCGAUGGACUAAAGUCUGA